GGGAGCGCACGGCAUCUGCUGAGGCCCAGUCCCGGGCCGCCCCUGGGGCUCCAGGCCUGGCAUGGUUCCAGGGCCCAUGGGAAACUGUGCCAAGCGUCCCCGACAGCGGGCACCUAAGGACCGCUGGCAGUGGCCCAGAUCCCCCCCAGGGGGCUCCCGCCACAGCCCGAGCCCCGGCCCAGGCCCCAGCCCAAGCCCCAGUCCCGAGGAGCAGGGGGGCCCUGGGCCGGGCAUCCAGGGCUACUCGGUGCUCAGCAGCCUGGUGGGGCCAGCCUGCAUCUUCCUGCGGCCCAGCAUCGCCGCCACCCAGCUCGACCGGGAACUGCGGCCAGAAGAGAUCGAAGAGCUGCAGGCCGCCUUCCAGGAGUUUGACCGAGAUCGGGACGGCUACAUCGGCUACCGGGAGCUGGGAGCCUGCAUGCGCACGCUGGGCUACAUGCCCACCGAGAUGGAGCUCAUCGAGAUUUCACAGCAAAUCAGUGGCGGGAAGGUGGACUUUGAAGACUUUGUGGAGCUGAUGGGCCCCAAGCUGCUGGCGGAGACCGCGGACAUGAUUGGCGUCAGGGAGCUGCGGGACGCCUUCCGGGAGUUCGACAGCAACGGGGACGGCUGCAUCAGCUUGGGGGAGCUCCGGGCCGCCCUGAAGGCCCUGCUGGGAGAGCGCCUCAGCCAGCGGGAGGUGGAUGAGAUCCUCCGUGACAUUGACCUCAACGGGGAUGGCCUGGUGGACUUUGAAGAGUUUGUGCGAAUGAUGUCUCGCUGAGCCUGCACAGAAACUGGGGGCAGGAGACAGGACCAG